UACGUCAUACUGUCAGCUCUUUCCAGUACGAUUGUUGUCGGCGUGUUGCCAUCCAACCGACAAAGAGACACGUCUGAAAUUAUCUCCGUGUUUUAAUUUAGACAACAAUCGCACACGCCAAAUUCUCUCCGUGUCUUAAUUUAUAAAACAAUCGCACACGUCAUUGUGUUGUGGACCUCAUUCACCUCUAGGUGGCAGUACUGAGGUAUAGUUUGUAAUCAGUUCAGAGCGAGGAAGACACACGGGAAGUUCCACCACCGGUCUCUAUUAAAGCAACGUCAUCGUGGUGAGGAUGGUUCUGAGCGAGGUCCCCGCUGAAAACAUCGCGCGACCCCUCGGCAGAAACGAGGUUAUAGGGCUCUUGUUCCGCCUGACCAUCUUUGGUGCAGUCACCUACUUCACCAUCAAGUGGAUGGUGGACGCCAUUGACCCCACCCGCAAGCAGAAAGUGGAAGCUCAGAAACAAGCUGAGAAGUUGAUGCGGCAGAUUGGUGUCAAAGAUGUGAAGCUGUCCGAGUACGAGAUGAGCAUCGCUGCCCACUUGGUUGACCCACUCAGCAUGCAGAUCACGUGGCGGGACAUCGGGGGCCUGGACGAGGUCAUCACCGAGCUCCAGGAGACGGUCAUCCUGCCCGUCCAAAAGCGUCAUCUCUUCCAUUCUUCUCGACUGCUGCAGCCUCCUAAAGGUGUUCUGCUGUACGGGCCCCCCGGUUGUGGGAAAACGCUCAUCGCCAAGGCCACCGCCAAGGAGGCGGGCUUUCGCUUCAUUAAUCUGCAGCCGAGCACAUUGACCGACAAGUGGUACGGUGAAUCGCAGAAGCUCGCUGCCGCUGUCUUCUCGUUGGCGGUCAAACUGCAGCCUUCGGUCAUCUUCAUUGACGAGAUAGAUUCGUUCUUGAGGAAUCGCUCCAGUUCGGACCACGAGGCCACGGCCAUGAUGAAGGCCCAGUUCAUGAGUCUGUGGGACGGGCUGGACACAGACCACCACUGUCAGGUGAUCAUCAUGGGCGCCACCAACCGACCGCAAGAUCUGGACUCGGCCAUCUUGAGGAGGAUGCCCACCAGGUUCCACAUCAACCAACCGAGUUUGCAUCAGCGAGAACAGAUCCUCAAACUCAUCCUGGAAAACGAGAGCGUGGACGAGGACGUGCAGCUUUCCGAGGUGGCCAAGGAAACGGAGGGAUUCUCAGGAAGCGACCUGAGAGAGAUGUGUCGCGAUGCCGCCCUUCUAUGCGUGCGAGACUUCGUGCACCUCCACGACGACGGCCCGUCGGAGGAUUUCAUUCGUCCCAUCCACACGUCUGACCUGCAGAGGGCCAUCGCGAAGAUGAAGAAAUCCAAGACGGCAGGCGGGCAUGGGUCCCUGCUGCACGCCGCUCUGGACUAAACACAGCCCCCCCCCCCCCCCCCCCGCCCCUUUUCCGCCCCCUCUCCCUCCUGCAAGCUUUUUUUUGUGCCAACUUUUUUUUUAUAAAGCCCUCAAGGUUAGCUAAUUAGGGUAAGCUGGUGAUUAAUAUUGAUUAGCAUUUCCUGAAAAACUUGCCUCAGACGCAAAGCUGCUUCGGGGGGCUUUUAUUUUGAUAAGUCCUAAAAUGUGUCCCAACUUAAUGUUAUUGAUUAGUAAACAAGUCAUGAAAAUUGUAUCAUAUCACAUAAGUUAUAAACUCUUAGGCUGGAAAAACAAAAUGUCUUCUUGUUAGACAUUUUGUUUCCAGGCUGGAAUAAACAGUUUUUUUUUUUAAGUA